UUACCGGAAGCACGUGAUCGCACAGGGAGUAAAAAACACAAGUCUCCACAUGUGCAGCGUAAGGUCCAGUAAAAGUGUAAGGUCAAAGUUUAGAGGUUAAAUUCGCUGUGUUCUGGGUGGACUUUGGUGCAGCGGACAGAACAAACAUGGAGGACACGAGCUUCAUCAAGCUGCCCGCCACCGAGGGCCCAGAACCGGACAAGAAGAAGCCGAAAACCCCGCAGUCCAGCCCGCGGGAGGAGGGCACGAAGCGGCAGAGGAACGUGAAGAGGCUGGCGGUGCUGGGGCAGGAGGACAGCUCGGUGAAGCUGCUGGAGGAGCUGGUGUUCGGGGCCGAGGAGGAGCUGCUGGAGAGGCUCGUAGAGGACGAUGAGGAGCAGGCUGGACCCCUGCUGCUGGAAGACAAAGAUGAAGAGGAGGGGGAGGAGUCUGAGGAUGAGGGCGGAGCACGCCAGCAGCUGCAGGCCAAAAGGAAAGCGGCAUGGGUGGAUGAAGAUGACGAGCUGGAGGAAGAGGUGGACAUGAAGCAUCGUUUCCGUAGAAACCUGAUGAAAGGCGAGGCUGAGUCCACCAUGACCAAACAGAAACUGCAGCAGAGGAUGAGGGAGCAGUUCCAGAAGUCGAUGGGAGGAACUCCAUCGUGGGCGGAGAGCAGCGCCCAGAAGAAGAAGAAGAAGAAGAAUAAAGAUGAGGAGGAAGAGGAGGACGAAGACGACCUGCUGAGGAGGACGGGGAACUUUGUGGGGUUGUCUGACAGCCUGCCCAGCGGCAUCCUGAGGAUGAAAAAGUGUCUUCACGCCAACGGUGCCCGGCCGUCCGAGGACAGACUGACCACCGUCCAGUUCCACCCCAGCGCCCAGGUCGUCAUGACGGCCGGCCUCGACCGGUCCGUCUCCUUGUUUCAGGUGGAUGGAAAGACGAACCCGAAGAUCCAGAGCAUCCACCUGGAGCGCUUCCCCGUCCACAAAGCUCAGUUCAGCGUGGACGGGGAGACGGUGAUCGCCACCAGCCUCAAGAACAAGAUGUUCUACCUGUAUGACAUGAUGGAGGGCCGCGUCUCACCUGUGCACACCAUCAGAGGUCUGAAUGAAGCCAGAGUGAAGGAGUUCUCUGUGUGUCCUGAAGGAGGCGCUCUGCUGCUCACAGGCACCAACGGAUACCUGCACCUCCUCACGCUCAAGACUAAGGAGGUGGUGCACAGCAUGAAGAUUAAUGGUGACGUCUGCGGUGUCGCCUUCUCCCACGAUGGCAGCAAAGUCUUUGCAAACUCAGAGGAGGGGGAGGUGUAUGUGUGGGACAUGCGCAGCAGUCGGUGUGUGCACAGGUUUACAGACGACGGUUGUGUGAAGGGAACGUCCAUCGCCACCUCACGAAACGGCCAAUACCUGGCCUGUGGCUCUCAGUCGGGUGUGGUCAAUGUGUACUCCCAGGAGGCGUGUCUAAAUUCAGCCAAUCCAAAGCCUCUGAAAGCGGUGAUGAACCUGCUGACGUCAGCGACCGCCCUCGCCUUUAACCCCACCUCAGAGAUCCUGGCCAUUGCGUCCCGGGCCGAGGACGAGGCUGUGCGGCUGGUGCACCUGCCCACCCUCACCGUCUUCUCCAACUUCCCCGUUGCAAAGAGGAAGGUCGUUUAUCGAGCCAGCUGCCUCGAUUUCUCCCCACACAGCGGCUUCUUCUCACUGGCAAACAACAAAGGCCACGCCCCCCUUUUCAGGCUGCUGCAUUACAGAGACUUCUGAGGAGGAGCCGACGCUCGCUCGGACGUUUGGAUGUCGGACAGUUUCCUGUGAAUAUCGGAGAGCUGCGGAGGACCCGGACGGUUAAAGACGCUCGUCUUUUUCGUGUGACGUGAUUUCAUGAAAAGGACUGAACCUGAAUCGCGGCUUUGUCUUUGUUUCAGGUUUUAGGAGAAACUUCACUGUGUAACUCCCACUCAGCUUCACUCGUUUCAGAUUUUAGUGCCGAACUCGGCCAAAAUCCAAAAAUCUGACUUCACUUAAUAAGAAAAACAGUCGAUAUCAUUUCUACUCUUAAAGGAUGAUUUGUGUGUUUUAAUAAUAAAUAGUGUAUUUUUGAAGCUCAGUUUGAGAGUCUGUGUCUGAAUUCAGUGUGAAACUUUACACUCAGGAUCUCACACUGUGAUCCUCCA